AUGAAAUCCGAAGCAUUCUUAACAAUGACAGGAAGAUUCCUCGCGUUUCUGUGGAAAUACUACCUGUUUGGAAGGAACAACAUGCUGUCUCUGUUGGGUCGGUCAGGCUCGGCAGCUUGUCGUCCGGCUGUGGUUGUUCUGGCCCAAACUCAACCUCAGUCCACGGCGCCUGCUUCUGUUUCUCAGCAUGAUGUUCCAGAACCUCGAAUAAGCUCCCAAACAGCACAGUUCAGGAAGGGUACAGGUGGACGUGCUUCGUUCUCUGGUAAUGUUGUUACGGUGUUUGGAGCAUCUGGGUUUAUGGGACUGCCUGUUGUCAAUCGACUAGCAAAGAUGGGGACGCAAAUUAUUCUUCCGUACAGACAGGAUCCUUAUUACAUGAGAGAGCACAAAGUUCCCGGUGAAUAUGGCCAGAUUUUAUUCUUCCCAUUCGAACUGCAGGACGAGGAGAGCAUUAGAAAGGCUAUAAGGUAUUCGAAUAUUGUCAUCAACCUCAUUGGAACACGAGUCCCGACAAAGAGGUAUGACUACUACGAAGUACACGAACGUGGAGCUCGCAGACUCGCGAGGAUUUCUCGUGAGAUGGGUGUCGAUCGAUUUAUUCAUAUGUCUGCUCUUGGUGCAAAUGUAAAUCCUGGCAAAGGGCACUUUGUGAAGGAAUCGAAUUUUCUUAAAAGCAAGGCUCUCGGUGAAAUUGCUGUGCGUGAGGAAUUCCCGAGUGCUACGAUUGUUCGACCUUCCUUGAUUUAUGGAGAGCUUGACGGAUUCAUUACGUACUAUGUGAGUAGAUGGAGGAAGACUCCACUCGAUUUGGUAUAUCUGUACAAGAAGGGCGAACACACGUACAAGAUGCCUAUAUGGCAAGGAGAUGUAGCUGCAGGACUUGGUGCCAUCGUGAAAGAUCCGACAUCGGCGGGCCAGACUUACGAGUUUGUGGGCCCUCAUUGCUAUCAACUCAGCGAGCUAAUGGAUUUCAUGUACCACAAAGCCCACUGUAUUAAAGACCUUGGAUUCUACUACCGACGGCAUUCGCUUCCUGAUCCAUAUUUCAUGCUACUCACUUGGUUUACUGAACAAUGGGGUCACUUCUUCAAAUGUAAAGUUCCCCUCAAUCGGGAAUGGAUGGAAUACGUGGAGGUGAAAGACGAUGUGCUAACCGGUCAACGAACUCUAGCCGAUCUGGGCAUUAGGCGCCUUACUGAAUUUGAGUUCGCUGGAGGACGACAAGCGUUCUACCAGUCAUUUUUCAAGUACUUCGAAGAAGGGUAUGGAGAACUGCCGCAACCUCCUCUUCCACUGAGAUCACCACCGAUUAUCAAAAAGCAGGGCACGGAAGGGAAGUCUGCGUUUGGUAAAGGAUUGGCGUUUAACUAG